UUUGUGACAAAUUACCCCACGUAAUAUGAAAACAUGCUCUGCCGUUUGCACUACAUCAUAAUUUUCUUUCUUUAAAUACUUGUAAAAAAAUUAAAUAGAUUUAGUAACCAUAACUGUCUAUACAGAAAUUGACCUCAUUUUGUUUUUGCCACUAUAGCCCAGGAAAAUACUUUUAAUUAACCGCACAGGAAUGAAUGCUAGUAACCAGAGUUUUCUCAUGGGUGACUACCUUGACUACUUUAUACACCUGACUUUUGGUAGUUACAUCUCCAGAUGAACCUGAGAUGCUGCUUCAUAUACUUUACUAAUACAGUGGCAGUAGUUUCUUGCAGGUUGGGUUUCAAACUGAACAUGAGAUUUAAUAAAUCAAGGAUUCUGAAAACAAUUCUUAUUAUUUCAUUGGGUACUACACCGUCCAUCAUCCUACUGAACUAUCCAAGGAAGAACUGCCCUUCUAAGGGCAAACUGGAAUUGAAUCACUUACUAAAGCAGGAUGUUGUAGAACUACAGGCUUGUUCUGCUAUUUUCCAAGGAGACAUGGAUGGAGUGGACAAAGAUGCUUUCAGGAAGUUCCUGGCCUCUAAAAAAAGAAAAUCUUUGCUAUCAGAAUCAUUCUACCUCAACGCAACCAAGGAUUGUCCAUUCUUCAUCCGAGACAGAGGAUUUCUGAUGGUUUCUCUCAGUAAAGAGGAGAAAGAUUUCCCCAUUGCUUACUCCAUGGUGAUACAUGAGAAGAUCGAGAUGUUUGAAAGACUCCUGAGAGCCAUUUACACUCCUCACAAUGUGUACUGUGUUCACAUGGACCAGAAGUCUCCUGAGAUCUUUAAAGAAGCAGUAAGGGCCAUUACGUCCUGCCUGACCAACGUGUUUGUGGCCAGCAAACAGGAGCAUGUGAUCUACGCCUCUUGGUCUCGAGUUCAAGCGGACAUCAACUGCAUGCAGGAUCUACUCAAGUCACCCGUCCAGUGGAAGUAUCUGCUCAACACAUGUGGCACUGAUUUCCCCAUUAAAACCAACGCAGAAAUGGUUCAGUCUCUAAAACUCCUGAAUGGAAAGAACAGUUUGGAGUCUGAGAAUGUAGAGGGCAAAAAGGGUCGAUGGCAGUAUCAUCACGAUGUUACGAAUGUUGUGACUCGGACAGAUGUCAAAAAGUCGCCUCCACCAAUACAGAGCCCCAUGUUCUCAGGAAAUGCUUACUUUGUGGUUUCAAGAGAGUUUGUGGAGCACAUCUUCAAAAGCAAAGAUAUUCAAAACUUCAUGGAAUGGGAGAAAGACACGUACAGUCCAGAUGAGCACAUGUGGGCUACGUUACAGCGGAUGCCUUCAGUACCAGGAUCCAGUCCUGCAAACGUCAAGUAUGAACAGUCGGACAUGAAUGCAAUUGCUCGUCUGGUGAAGUGGAGCUACCAUGAAGGAGAUCUAAAGAGUGGGGCUCCCUACCCACCAUGCACUGGGAUGCACAGAAGAGCAGUAUGUGUCUAUGGAGCUGGGGACUUGAAAUGGAUUGUGCAGCAACACCAUCUUUUGGCAAACAAGUUUGACCCAGAAGUAGACGAUGUAGCAAUCAAAUGUAUGGAAGCCUUUUUAAGGUACAAAGCUAUUUAUGGUCAAUCAUUACUAACAGUUGAAAUAUCAGACAUUGUUUUAGGAUGCCAGUAGUAAUAC